CAUCUAUAAAUACAACCCCCCCUUUCUUGAACCAGCGAGAAAAAAAGAAGAAGAGAUCUGAUUUUUUUAUCCCGCGAAGUGAAAGCAAAAUAAUGGCAAAGCCUCGUAAACCUAAAAAUGAAGACCAAAAAUCAGACAGUAACAAAGCAGUAGUUCUCCAUCAAAAACUCUGUCUCUCAAUCGACAUCGACAAACAAAUCAUACACGGGUAUACGGAGUUACGAAUUAGUAUACCAGAGAAUGGAAUUAUAGGGUUACACGCAGAUAAUAUGAUUAUAGAGAAUGUUAUAGUUGAUGGAGAUAAAACUGUUGAGUUUGAAUAUUCAUCACAUUAUCAAGCUAUUAUUGAUGAUGAAAGAAGAUGGUGUUCUGCUGUUUCAUCAACGAAUUCAGCUGCUGAUGCUGCUUGUUCAACUUAUAUGUCUUCUCUUGAUAAAGAAAUGACUCCUAAUUUGUUGAUUAAGAUGGUCAAAGAAAACGAAAUUAGGGCAGAAAAUGGGUCUCAAUCUGAAACUGGUUCUAAACAGCAGAAUGUGAAAAUGUUUCGGAUUGAUUAUCGGAUAGAGAAAGCAGAAUGUGGAGUUCAUUUUGGGAGUAAUGUGAUGCACACUAACAAUCAAAUUAGGAGAGCUCAUUGCUGGUUUCCUUGUAUGGAGAGUAGCUCGCAACUUUGCUGUUAUGAUCUGGAAUUCACUGUUCCUGAAAAUCUUGUGGCGGUUAGCAAUGGGACCUUAAUUCAUCAGAUCAUAAGCAAGGAUUACCCUCCUCGCAAAACCUACGUCUAUAAAUUAAGUGUUCCUGUUAGUGCUGGGUGGAUUACUUUGGCAGUUGGACCAUUUGAAGUUUUUCCUGACCGUCAUAGUGGUAGUAUAUCACACAUGUGUUUGUCGUCUAACGUCUCAGAGCUUCGAAAUACAAUUGGUUUCUUCCAUAGUGCAUUCAGUCACUAUGAAGAUUAUCUUGCUAGAUCCUUUCCAUUUGGAUCAUACAAGCAAAUUUUUAUUGAACCAGAAGCUACAGUAUCUUCACUUAGCUUGGGAGCUUCCUUGAGUAUCUUUAGUUCACAAGUUCUAUUUGAUGAGAAGGUUCUAGAUCAGACACUAGAGACCAGGGUAAAGCUGGCGUAUGCCCUAGCAAGACAGUGGUUUGGGGUGUACAUCACUGCUGAGACACCAAAUGACGAAUGGUUGCUCGAUGGUCUUGCUUGUUAUCUCACUGAUACUUUUAUCAAGCGAUUCCUUGGGAAUAAUGAAGCUCGUUAUCGUCGACACAAGGCAAACUGUGCUGUGUGUAGAGCAGAUGUUGAUGGUGCUACUGCUUUGAGUUCUUCUGCUGCUUCUACGGAAUUGUAUGGUACUCAUUGCAUCGGUUUGUAUGGAAAAAUCCGAACAUGGAAGUCUGUGGCAGUUCUUCAGAUGUUGGAAAAGCAGAUGGGUCCCGAUACUUUCUGCAAGAUUUUACAGAUGAUCGUUGUCAAGCCUCAGGAUAAAACUCGCUCCUUGAGAACUCUUAGCACAAAGGAGUUUCGUCAUUUGGCUAACAAGGUGGGCAACCUUGAACGACCAUUUUUGAAAGAAUUUUUUCCACGCUGGGUGGGAUCCUGUGGCUGUCCAGUACUAAGGAUGGGAUUGUCUUACAACAAACGCAAAAAUAUGGUCGAGUUGGCCGUGUUGAGGGGUUGCACAGCAUCACCAGAUGCAAUUGCCUCAGUUGCUAAAGCCAACCCUGAGGCUGAAACCCGAGAAAGUGGUGUGGGAUGCCCUGGGAUGAUGAGCAUUAGAGUUCAUGAACUUGAUGGGAUGUAUGACCAUCCAGUUUUACCCAUGGCUGGAGAGACUUGGCAAUUGCUGGAAAUUCAAUGUCACUCAAGGCUUGCUGCAAAACGCAUUCAAAAGAUUAAAAAAGGUUCCAAACCAGAUGGCUCUGAUGAUAAUGCUGAUGCUGUUCCUACUCCAGAUAUGCGUCCUAAUGCCGAGUCCCCACUACUAUGGCUCAGGGCAGAUCCAGAAAUGGAAUAUCUUGCUGAAAUCCAUUUUAACCAAUCUGUUCAGAUGUGGAUUAAUCAACUAGAGAAGGACAAAGAUGUUGUUGCUCAAGCACAAGCUAUUGGAACCUUGAUGACAUUACCACAGCUUUCCUUUGCAGUUAUUAAUGCUCUCAAUAAUUUCCUUGGUGAUUCAAAGGCUUUUUGGAGAGUUCGCAUUGAGGCAGCCUUUGCAUUGGCUCAUACAGCUUCUGAGGAGACAGAUUGGGCUGGUUUACUUCAUCUUGUUAAAUUUUAUAAGAGCAGAAGAUUUGAUGCCGAAAUUGGACUGCCAAGGCCAAAUGACUUCCAUGAUUUUCCCGAGUACUUCGUUCUUGAGGCCAUUCCACAUGCAAUAGCCAUGGUUAGAACAACAGACAAGAAAAGCCCAAGAGAAGCAGUGGAGUUUGUCCUUCAACUUUUGAAGUACAACGAUAACAAUGGCAAUCCUUACUCAGAUGUCUACUGGCUUUCUGCAUUGGUCCAGUCAGUUGGGGAACUAGAGUUUGGGCAACAGAAUAUACUCUCUUUAUCAUCUCUUCUCAAACGCAUCGAUCGGCUUCUACAAUUCGACAGGUUGAUGCCAAGCUACAACGGAAUUUUGACUGUCAGUUGUAUUCGCACGCUCACACAGAUAGCCUUGAAGCUCUCAGUGUCUAUUCCUUUCCUGCAGGAACGUGUGUUUGAACUUAUCAAACCAUUUCGUAGUUUUGACGCUAUGUGGCAAAUUCGAAUUGAAGCCAGCAGAGCUCUUCUUGAUCUUGAAUUCAGCUGUAAAGGCAUUGAUGCUGCAUUGUCAUUGUUCCUAAGUUAUUUGAUGGAAGAGGUGUCUUUGCGAGGCCAGGUGAAGUUGGCUGUCCAUGCAAUGCGUCUGUGUCAGUUACGUCUCGCAUCUGAGUCUGAAGAUGAUAUUAAGGGUCCUACUCUCCUGGCUUUGCUUUGUAUGCUUGAAAGUCGUAAAGCCUUUAAUAAUGUCUUCCUUCGGCAUCACUUAUUUUGCAUCUUACAACUCGCUGCAGGGAGGCGACCAACACUUCACGGCGUUCCAAAAAUUCACAUACCUCCCAUGGGAGAUCCAGAGACAUGUAACGAACAGAAGAAUAAACCUGCUCCCGCUCUUGAUAUUGCCCCUGCUCUUGAUAUUGCUCCAGCUCCAGUUCCUGCUCCUGCUAUGAAGCUAAGGAUAUCUAGGCCUCAGGAACCAUUUUCAGAUGUACUUGUAGUACCAAUCAACAACUUGCCUGAAACUCCAGCAAAUGUUAUAGAUCUUUCAAAGGAAGCAGAUAGUGUUUCCAAUGGUAGUGAGAGAAGAAGACCCAUCGUUAAGAUUCGAGUCAGACAAUCUGCUGCAUCAAGUAGAGCAGAAGAAGCUGAUCAUAUAGUGGUUGACAAGUCUCAAGGUGGAAAAAACGAUGUGCUAGAGAGAGGGGCAAGUAGUUCCAUGUCUGUCGAUGCACCUCCAAGGAAUACAGAAAACAUGAGCACCAGCAAUCAUAAUCUCGAAGAAGUGAAUUCGUGUCAAGAUUUUGGUUCCCGAAUGACUGCUAGCAUUGGCAGUGUUAGAAUUCUUAAUGAUGAAGAUGAAAUCAGGAAGGAGUUGCAAUGCACUGCUGAGUCAGGAAAAGCUGCUUCUACCGCUCCUCUGCAGCAUCAGCUUGAAGACUGUUUCUCGCCUAGCAUCAAGGGCAGUGAGGGAGAGGGAGAGACGGAGGUGAAGAAAUACAUGAGUCUUGAAACCAUGUCCAUUGAGAGAUAUGAUCACGAGGGACGACAGCCAUCAGCUAUGAAAGAACCUAUUAUAGAGAUAGAGAAGGACAAGGAAAAGAAAAAGAAGAAAAAAGAUAAAGACAAGAAACGCCGACGGGAAGACAAAGAAGGCCAUAAAGGACGUGAUGAUCCCGAAUACCUGGAGAAGAAGCGCCUAAAGAAAGAAAAGAAACAAAAGGAGAAGCUAAAGGAGAAGGAGAUGACAAAGCUGCAAUCUCUUCAGGCCCCGAGUUCAUUAAAGGAGGGAAUAUUGAAGGAGACAGAGAUGACAAAGUUGCUGAGUAGGUCGGCUGAGGCAUCACAAAAACCGCGUAUUAAAAUAGAGACAUCUCCAUCAGAAAUACCGCGUGUUAAAAUAGAGGGAAUUCCAAUAGUAAAAUCAGCGAAGGUCCAGCUAAAACCAAUUGAAUCAAGUGGAUCUAAGGUAGCGAUAAAGACUGAAGAAACCAGGGUUGGCGAUAAUGGUGAGGGUAGUUCACUUCCCAAAACCAGGGUUGGCGAUAAUGGUGAGGGUAGUUCACUUCCCAAAAUACGUAUAAAAAUCAAACGAACUUUGAACAAUUCUUAGCAAGCACAUAUCACUUAAAAUGUGUAUAAUCGGCUGUAGUUUUAGUCUACCGCGAGUGCUGCAGAAAUUAGUUUGUCUAAUAUUUUGGGCUUUUUUAGUGGGUCUGUCAGAGUUUAACCUUGAUUUUAGGGGGUUAUGCUUUGGUUCCUUCUGGUUGGGAUUGAGUGGCGGGUGGGAUUUUGUAUGUGUAGUAGAAAGUAAGCGAGAACUAAGGAAAUGAUGUAAGGACAGAACUUGGACUUUGGAGGACACGAGCUCUUUAUUGAAAAUCUAAUUUAAUUUGCAAUGAAAAAGUCCUGAAACGAAGAAAGAGAACACUUAUGUUGUUGUACAUAAGCUAGUUUCCUAAGCUGGUUUUUUCUUUUCUGUUUGUAAUCGAAGUCGAGCAAAUGAUGGUCAGUUUCCUGUCCUUAAAGACAUAAAAUUCUCAUAAAGAUGACUGGAUACGAAGUCCAUUUAUACA